AUGGUCUGUAUAAAAAUGGUAAUAGAGUUGGUAGAUGGGAUAUUUAUUGGAAUUGGAAUGGCUAAUAAAAAGAAAAUGUAAGAAAUAAUAUAUAGAAAUGGGGAUGAAAAACAAUGGAGGUGAAUCUUAUGAUAAAGUAGAGGAUGGACUUAAGUUGGGUUAUUGAGUGGAAAUAUCAGAUAGUUCAGGUAUAACUCUUAAGUAACAUACAGUGGUGAAUAGAAAAGAAGUAGUAAAUUUCGUAGAUGGGAUAAAUGGUUAAAUUUCCAUAUUAAAAUAAUUAAAGCUCAAAGAUGUAAAAAUAUGUUCGAUAGCAAUAGAGAUGGUGGAUAAUAUGAUGAAUUAGGGGAUGGGCUUAAGUAAGGUUAUAGGGUGGAAUUAUUAGAAAAAUUCUCUGAUUCUUCAAUAAUUUUCAAUGGCAAAUAUGAAAACGGGAAAAAGUUGGUUAUUGAGAUAUUCAGUAUAGGUUCAGGAGAAACGAUCCAUUUUAUAAAAUGUAAAAUAUUUUGUAGAUGGCAUAGUGGUAGUGGAGAAUAUGAUAAAACAGGCAACUAACAUAAGUAGGGUGAUUGGGUAGAAAUAUCAGAUAAUUUUUCUGAUUCUUUAUAGACUUACAAUGGCAAAUAUAAAAAAGAUAUAAAAGUUAGUAGAUGGGAUUUUACGUAUGAAGGAGAUCAAACGGAAACAAUAUCAUUGAAGGAACUGAAUUACCUUAACUAUAGUGGUGAAUUAGCUCAAAUAUUAAUUAAUUUUUCUUUUGCUUUAAAUAACAUCAUAGUAUUUUCUGUUAAAUAAUGA